CCCGCAGACAGCAUCGCCACGCUGUGCAAGGACUUCUUCCGCCAGCAGCAACUGCGCAAGAUCGACGGCGCCGAGCUGCGGUCGCAGAAUGAGCGGAAUCUCAACUGCAUCAUCACCUUCCAGACGCACUCCAUCCUGCAGUCCUUCAUGCUGCGUUUCGACGAGCUCACCCUGGACUGCAACGACCACCUGUACAUCUACGACGGCGCGCACGCGGUGGGCGUCGCCAAGUGGGACCUGUCGUGCAAGGACACGCGGGAGCAGGUGGGGCCCAUCCACACCAGGACCAACCACGUGACGCUCAAGUACGUCACGGACAACUGGGGCACCGAGAACUUCGGCUUCAACCUCAUCAUCACCGCCGUCAAAGAGCCAC